AUUUAGCGGCCACAGGCAGCCAUGAGGAAAUAGUGAAACUUCUUCUUUUGCGAUCAGCCAAUCAAAACCUUUAGGAUUCGAACCAAGAUACGCCUCUUCAUCUAGCAAUACGUAGUCAAUAUACUGAAUGUUCUGAGAUGCUUAUCAACGAGCGCACCGAUUUUAAUCUCCAAAACAAAAAGAGAUGGACACCGCUUCACGUAGCGAUUCAUUAUGAACGCAACAAAAUUGUACCCCAGUUGAUCUUACCAGAGAAUCUGAAUCUCCCGGAUAUUGAGGGACGUACACCUCUACACUUGGCUGUGGACAAAAAAUCUGUUGAAAACGUAAAAGUAUUGCUGAACUUUUCAUCGGAUGUUAAGCUCAACGCUCAGGACAAUAAGCAGCAAACGCCGCUCCAUCUGGCAGCUCAGCACGGCCACUCGGAAAUCGUUCGCCAGCUCCUCGCCGUUUCGACAACAAUUAUCGACGCUCUGGACAAGGACCACAAUACAGCACUCCACCUGGCCUUGCAGCAUGUUAAUGGAGAAACUGCACAUCUACUGAUUGAAAGAUCGUCCAAAUUGGAAGCAACAAACAGAAAGUCCCAAACACCGCUUCACCUGGCAUCGCAAGCAGGUCUGGACACAGCAGUCCACGCUCUCAUCCAAAAAGGUGUACACGUGAACCCCCGUGACAAAAUGCAACGUACGCCUCUGCAUAUGGCGGCCCUCCGGGGUCACGUCGACGUUGUGCAAGUCUUGAUCGAUAACUCAGCCCAAGUGGACGUCACGGACACAAAUGGGAGAACGCCACUCGGAUUGGCAAUCGAGGACGACAUUGUCACUAUGUUACAGAACUACAUGCAAUAAAACUUAUAAAUCCGUUUAGAAA